UCUUUGCCCAAAAACUUUUUUCCCUCAUGCUUCAACACAGUGUCAUAAAACAAAGCAGCCUUUUUAAAACAUAAAAGCGACGUGCCAUAUUUACCUCGGGGAUAGAUACUUGGGUGACUUAGGUUCGUUGUGUUUCAUAAUUCUCAUAGAAAAAAAAUGGUGGUUUUGUAUUUUACUGGUGUGCAAAACGCCGUCAGAACGACUUCCUCGUGCCAUUAUUAGUUAACGGAUAGGGCAGCCCACUGAAAUACUUACGUAGUACUUUGAGAACAUUUAUUAAAGGACCAUUUACUGGAAGGACUAGCAAGGUCAAUAUUCCUUCAGAUAUAUAUUUUCUGGUUCUACUUCCUAGACUGCAGAGUAAAUAGUCACCAGAUUUUGUGGGUAACUAUUAAACCUCUGGCACUAGUUACAUGAGUGUAGAAACCACUGUCUCAAGGCUCUGUAUUUAUCGUAAGUAUUUUUAUAUCAUAAUUGGAUUACGAUUAUUUUUUUUUUACUUCUUUGAAGAACCUUAAGGAACGAUGUGAAAUUAAUUCCAUAAUAACUCCGCAUCACGUAUUAAAUAAUUAGAAACGCAAUCCAGUUUUUAGAUUCACAUUGAACAAUGAUAUGACAUACAUAUGAAAUAGGCUAUAAAGCUGUUGGCAUUCCAGGUGACAGUAUUUCGGGGUGGUUUUGAGGUCAAUGGGGAAAAUAUCAAGCUUUCCAACCUGCCAAAACGCAAACAUUUUAUGUUUAAAGUUUAUCGGAAUCGUAAACCAUAGAAUUUAAUGUCUUCCGCGUGUUUGUGGGAAAGAAAACACAUUCUUCGGUUACCAAAUUAUACUUUUAAAUGUAUUUGUUGUCUGUUAUCGUGUACCGUCAAACUGCGUUUACCAGUCCUAGGCAAAAAAGUCUAGACGCCGAGGACUUUUUCAAGGGAUUCACUCUCCCUCCAUAAACCACUCCCUAAUCUAAAGAGAAUUUAAGUUUACAAAGGCACGAAUAUCCAGGCAGGUAAAUUAAGUGUGUUAUAUAACAAUUAUUGGAAAAUCAACUUUGCUAAAUAGACUAAGAGUAGUAGAACGGGUCGUUUUAGUAAAGCAGGAAGGUUUCAAUAGCUAAACUUAGUGUCUGACACGCUUGGUCAGGCAAGGGAGUUUUUUUAAAUCUUAUACGCCCAAGCACAGAAACCCGCGAGCCAUGAUCCGGCAGGACUGUGCCUGAAUGUGGCGACAUGUGCGUCCUCCGUAAAAGCGGGCGUCCGGAUCCACCGCAGGGUUUUCUCAAGUUUGCUUGACUACCUAUCAGGACAUUUUACUGUACGCAUAAAUACAGACAUAGAAAUGUUGAGCAGAAUAUUCAGCAGAGCUCCCUUGCCAGUGGAAAACUGCCUACCUGUGCAGGAUACACCUGCCUGCAAUGAGCUCUCAGCCCAAGAGGACAGCACUGGCAAUCUCUCCGAAAGCAGCACAAGGGUCAGUCUGCCCAUUCAGGGGGACUUUGAGAAAAUACAUCCCGACACUAGUGAUCCAAGACCCUCUGAGGACACAGAGGAAGAUGGUGAAAGCUUGCUGGAUUGGUGGAGAGGGGUGGAAGGUUGGGAAGAGUGGAAUAAAUCCAUUAAUAUUCAUGAGGAUAUGGAGGAUGUUGUGGUGGAACAGGCAGCCGACCGCGUCUACAUGGCUGCCCAGCUGUUCGUGCGUCUCCUGGAGCAGCACAGCGACUCUCUGCACUGCCGCGUCCGCGAGCUGCUCUCCGUGGCCGAUGCCGCCGACGGCUUCCACAAGCGCACAGUGGCGGCCAGCGUCGGUGGGGGCGUGGCCAGCGUGGCCGGGGGCAUGGUCACCAUCAGUGGCUUGGUCCUCGCCCCCUUUACCUUCGGCACCUCCCUCGUUGUCACUGCCGUCGGGAUUGGCGUGGCCACUUUGGGUGGCCUCACCUCGGCCUCCGCCAACAUCACAGACACGGUCCACUCCAGCAUGGACCGCAAGAAGGUGGAGAAGAUGAUCCAGGAUUACCAAGAAGAGAUGAAGGACAUCAAAGAAUGCCUGGAGUUUGUGCAGGAGGGUGUGGAUGUACUGCGGCAGUGGGACUUUGAGGAGUACAUGGAGAGCCUGUCUAGGCAAGCACUGAACCAGAACCUGAAGCAUGUGAUGAAGGAGGGCGGACGGGCAGGGAAGGCCCUGUUCAUCAACACAGAGAAGCUGGUCAACACAGUGCAGGUGCUCAGUGUGGCUGGCGGAGCGGCCCGAGCAGCCCAGGCAGUCAGUAUCGCCACCGGAGUAAUGUCUGCGCUCUUCCUUGCACUUGACGUCUUCUUCCUCGCAAGGGACUCACACGAGCUACACACAGGUGCCAAAACCAAGUUUGCUGCCAAGAUCCGAGAGGUCUGUAAGGAGCUUGAGAAUGGUCUGCAGGAGCUGAAGCGGAUCAAGGAGGAGUUACAGAAGACCAUGAAUGAGGAGGAGCUGCAGAUGGAGGAGGAGAAGGUCCUGUUGUCUGAUGUGGAUGAACUGGCCCUCCUCGAGAAACAGCUUGACCAACUGGAAAAUGAGUUUGACGAAAGAGCCCUCAAAAAGAGCCUGGGUGAGGGCCAGGGUAGGGCUGAGAAAGACGGGCAAGGCAGAAUCGAAAGUGUGAUUGUGGGCAGAAAAAAUAACGAGGUCAAGCCAGGACAGAAGAGCAGGAGGGAUGGAGGUGUGGAGACAGGGGUGGAAAUAGGCCUGGAGAAAAAGUGGGGGACUGAAAAUCAUGGGACAGGUAUGAUGGAAGAACAAAGAGGAACAGACAGAGCAGAAGAUGUGAAGAGGGGAAAGGAAGACAGAUUAGCAUGUGCUUCGCGGCCUCGGGCCUAUGCUUUUUACGGCAGUACAGACAGUGGAUGUAUGGGUGGGGCUAGUCUUACAGGGGACACCUCCAGCUAGUGAUGGAUACAAUGACACUUCAUGAACCAGUUGGUGUAUUUUUUUAAACCCCACUAGAUGGUGCUCUUGAUUUGCUUUGGGGUAUGCUUAGUUCCCUUUUUUGAGCAGAGAGCAGCGGAGUCAAAAAAUACAGUAAAUGAUUCAUGAAGUAUCUUUGUUUAUAUAUUUCUCUAUCACUGCCUCCAGCCAGACCACAGCACAUAGGACAGCCAUUGCUUAAACAGCCACUGCAAAGCUGAGACAUGCUGUUUUGUAACAUUCUUGACUACUCAACCAGAACAUACUGAUGAUCUGUACUUGCUUAGUACUGAUACAAACAGCACCUUGCUUUUUAAUAGAAAAUUAUCAAAUUAACAGAGGAACCAAGUCACCAAUAGAACUUGGUUCACUUGAUGUAACACUAUUUAAGUGUAACAUUGUUGUGUAUUUAUAUGGUUAUUGCUAUAAUUUAUUUAUCUGAUGAAUUUUUUAAAUGUAUUUACGUAAAUGUCAUUGUUGUGCAGGAAGACCUACAAAACUCGUGGCUCUGGGCUUGUUCCUGCCUGUUGAGGUGGAAUGUUAGAAGGGUCUCAUUCCUUUUGACAGCAGAUGUCACUGUGGAGAAAGGAGGCACAUGCUGUGUCCAAAUUCAGGGGCUACAUCCUCCGAAGGCUGCAUUCGCCAAGGCUGCAUCCUCAAAUGUAGUCUAGAAAUGUAUACUUCUUUUGCUAAGUCAUGAAGGACCCACCUGAUGGAUCUCUUGCAGUCCAGCAUAUCCCUAUAUCCAUUGCGUAUAGGUAAAGUGGGUAUGUCCUGACUAGGCAAUAGGAACAGGGGGGAAUAGGAAAUUAUCCCUAGGCCACACCAUCCCAUUUACAAUGUUUUCUGUUCAACCUUCAAAAAAAAAAAACAGCCUACAAAGGCUAGAUAGUGUCAUAGUGUCCUUUGAAGGAUGCAGCCGCAGAAUUUGGACACAGCGUGUCCUUUGAAGCAUUAGUGUGCAUUUCUUAUGGUCCCGUGUUGAGAGGGAUGGAAUCAGUUAAGUCUGUAUGAAAACUGAGGGAGGAUACUCUUUGUUGUGUUUCAAGCAUUUCAGUUUGGUUCAGUUUACAACAAUGUAGAUAGUUUUAGUAGUUUUAUAUAGUAUGUAUCAAUGGAACCAAAGAACCUGGAACACCUCAUAAACAGGCCUUGUGUAUAAAAUAAAACUCAUGCCAACAGAACAGAA